UAGAAACUCUGAUCUCUCUUGCUCGUUGUCUGGCUCGGCCUCAUAGGAAUCGCCUGGAGUCGCUUAUAAUUUUCUCUGGUCGCUGCUACCUUGUGCGCGACGUUUAUGUUUUGCAGAACUUGUAGAAUUCUGAUCUGAUGCGUUUGAAUCGUUGAUUAUUUGUAUUUGGUGCCGGUAGUUGUUGUGAAAAUGGCGUUGUGUUGUGCUAUUUCCAAUGAAGUACCAGAACAUCCAGUGAUAUCACCUGUGUCAGGAGCUAUCUUCGAAAGACGACUGAUUGAAAAAUAUGUCGUGGAAAAUGGAGUUGAUCCUAUUACUGGCAAAGAUUUGACUGUUGAAAUGCUCAUAGAUGUGAAAACAACUCCUAUUGUGAAACCUAAGCCACCAUCAGCUACCAGUAUACCAGCUAUUUUAAAAACUCUUCAGGAUGAAUGGGAUGCUGUAAUGCUUCAUAGUUUUACCCAGAGGCAGCAAUUGCAAACAGCUCGGCAAGAAUUGAGUCACGCUUUAUAUCAGCAUGAUGCAGCGUGUCGUGUGAUAGCUAGAUUGACAAAGGAAGUAACUGCAGCUCGUGAAGCUUUGGCAACAUUGAAACCACAGGCUGGUAUCACCACGAAUCCAGCUGGAAUACCUCAGCCUGCAAUUGCUGUGGAGGCUGGUGGUGUUGCAAAUCAACCUACAGAACAAGCAGGAAUGAGUGCUGAAGUUCUUCAAAAACUGCAGGAGAAAGCAACUGUUCUUACUCAAGAACGCAAGAAACGUGGCAGAACAGUUCCAGAAGAUUUGGUUUCCUCCGACUCCAUUCGUACUUUCCAUACUUUAGCAUCACAUCCAGCUCUGCAUAGUGCCAGUAUUCCAGGAAUUCUUUCUCUUGAUAUUCAUAGUGCAGAUACUAGUAAGAUUCUCACAGGAGGUAAUGAUCGUAAUGCUACAGUGUUCAACAAAGAUACAGAGCAAGUUGUGGCUAUUCUAAAAGGUCAUACAAAAAAAGUAACUCGUGUGAUAUAUCAUCCUGAUGAGGAUUUGGUAAUCACUGCCUCACCAGAUGCAACUAUCAGAGUUUGGAAUGUACCUACAUCACAGACAACCCAGAUGUUGAGGGCACAUGAAGGACCAGUUACUGGUCUCUCAUUGCAUCCAACCGGAGAUUACGUACUCUCCACUUCAACUGAUCAGCACUGGGCGUUCUCUGAUAUUAGAACUGGACGUUUGCUGACAAAGGUUGCAGAUCAAGAUUCACCUGGUAUUGCUUUGACAACAGCACAAUUUCAUCCAGACGGUCUCAUUUUUGGAACUGGAACAUCAGAUUCGGAAAUAAAAAUUUGGGAUUUAAAAGAACAAUCUAAUGUUGCCAAUUUUCCAGGACAUUCUGGACCCAUCACUGCUAUUUCAUUCUCUGAAAAUGGUUAUUAUCUUGCAACGGCUGCUGAUGAUGCCUGUGUAAAACUCUGGGAUUUACGUAAACUUAAAAAUUUCAAGACUCUGCAAAUGGAUGAAGGUUAUGAAAUCCGUGAUUUGUGUUUUGAUCAAAGUGGAACUUACCUAGCAGUUGCUGGCACUGAUGUUCGGGUUUAUCUCUGUAAGCAGUGGCAAGAACUGAAGGUAUUCAAUGAUCAUACUGCAAUGGCAACAGGAGUGAGAUUUGGUCGCCAUGCUCAAUAUAUAGCAUCCACUAGUAUGGACAGAACUCUCAAACUCUACGGAUUAUAAAUUUUUUACUUCAUUAUUUUUAUUGCAGUCCCAUAGUUAUGUGGGAUUUAAUCUUGUUUUAUUUCCAUGUGAAUUUGAAUAUUAUGUAUAAGAGGUAUCUUUUCAGAAUGGAGAAAAUGAUACAGAAAAGUAUGAAGUUUUGCAUACAAAAUUGUUGAGUUUCUAUCUCAAUGAAAGGUUUUAAUUGUUUGCAAGAAAGGAAAUUUGAAUUUAUGUAAUAAUAUUUUUACUAUUUGCUAAUUUUCCUUCAUAGAAAUAUAGUGAAAUUUGAAUUCAGGGAGAGUUGAACAUGAGAUGAUUGAUAGUUCGACUUGGUGUGCCGAUUGUAUGACACCAGUGAUAUUUGUAAUGUGUCGUAGAAUAAAUGUGAAGUUCAGUUGUAAUUUUCUACUUUCAUUAACACAAAACUCCUUCCACUUCUGAUCCUUUUAACUUGUCUUUCCUGAAUUUUAUUUUGAAGAGCAAUACAAAUCUUGUAAUGAGUGUCUGACUUGAAAUGUUCUAAAAUAAUAGUUUUUUAAACAGG